AUGGAAAAGGAAGAAUCCUAUAAAGAUUAUGUUGGAAUUGUUCAUGAUGAAGCUGAAUCAACAUGUAAAAUUGACCUUCAAGCUAAUUGUCAAACAGUUACAGUUGAUAAAAAACGAAUUGUAUCAACAUCAAAUGUUUCUCGUCAAUCAAGUGAAAUACCUCAUUAUUAUACAAUUUUUCUUUAUGGUUCUCAAACUUCAUCUUAUGCAACAGUUGGUUGA